AUGUGUGAUUCCGAAUUAAUCAAAAACAAUAUUUAUUUAUAUACACUAUCAACGGCAACUCUACACUUUAUUAGUUUAUUAAAGCUAUACUUUAGAUGUGCUUCUGUUUCGAAUGAGGAGGAUGUCUGUCUACAAACUGGACAUAAUGUCCCCAGCUAUGACCGAACUUUUGUUUCUACCAAUUUGACUGAUGCAACCGCAAAAUUAAGAAAAACACUUAGAGGGAACAACACUGCAACUGAAAAACACGAAUUUCAAGCUUUGCUUAUUCGUUUCGAGUUUUUCUCUUCACUUUUGGAAAUGUUUGAUUUUUUGUUGCCUUCAAAAGGGACUCUUUAUUUGUUGAAUGCGGGUAUUAAUGAAACAGAAAUUGACCCUUUUAUUCCAAAUUUAUACAGUGCUGGAGAACAACUUCAAAAAUGUUUACAUUUCCACAAAAGAAUAUUGGCUACAAUUAAUUUCGGAAAGCAACCACCAAAAGAUGAAAGAGAUUCACUUUUUGAUUGGUUAUCAACUUUUGAUAGUAAUACAUAUCUUUAUAUGUCAACUGCUGGUCUUCCAAGGAAAUUACAAUUAUUUUCGAGAUUAGAAGGUUAUAAAUAUAUUGAAGAUACGCUUGAAACUAUUGGAGAAAUUAUUAUGAGUGUGCCUGAUUAUGUGACUACAACAUGGGGAAUUUUGCUUUUCCCUUUAAAUCGGCACAAUUUAACGGGCACAAUUCCUUUUAUGCAAAUUGCCUUCAAUUCAGUUAAUCGAUUUUGUGGUUACCUUAUGAAUAAUAAUAUACAAGAUGUUAUUGCUCAACACAAUUCAUAUUUUCCUCAUUUAAAUGUUUUAUUUAACGAAAUUUUUGGCCUUUUUGAACGUGCCUAUACUUGCCUUUAUCAAACUCAUGGCAACAAUUUGGCUAGACAAUGGGACUUUUUUCAUGUUAAUUUUGAUGAUUUUUCUAUUUUAAUUAAUGAGGCAACACAGCUUGAAGACGAAAUGCGAGGUAUUCGUUUAAGAGUUUUCCAAACUCAAGGACUCGUUCUAAGCGUUGGAGGUGUUCCAGUUAAUGAUGAUAGUGAUGUUAAUGAACAUACAAAAAUUAUUCAACCAAUGUCUCCUCUUCCACCUUUAAUUGAAAGGCUUAAAUUAGAAAAUAAAAUGGAAUAUCCUCUCUCUAAUUUUUUUCUCUACACAACUUUGGAAACAAUGCAUCAUUAUUUUUGGAUUGGAUUUCAAUUACGUUUAUUUUUGCCUUUUGAAUUUAUUUAUGUUUAUUGGUAAGGAUUUUAAUAAAAAAAUUUUUUUUGAUUCUCUUGUUUAUUCCCUAGAAGGGGACCGGUGGAAUAUACGGGUCUUUAAUUUUGUUGUUUUUAGGCCUGAAUCACCUCUAUACAUUUUUUAAUUUAAUUUUUUUAGUUGGGGUUUUUUUAUAUCUUACUUUCAUUUUCCCCUCUUAUCAUUGUAAGACCGACAGUUCCUCCCAUCUUGUUAAAAAAUUAAAACGUUCAGCCGUGGUUCCUUGCAGCGGGGAGCUCUCAAGAUCAAGUUUCAUUCAAUUUUUUGCUAUUUUUUGGGACGGGACGACCGCUAUACUCUUUUUUACU